AUGCAGAAUGUCAAUGCCCAACUGUCACAUCUUGCCCAAGCAGUAGCUCGCCUGGAAAGCAAACAGGGGGAACUUCCUGCCCAAGUGGAGGUAACAAAGGUAAAUGCUGUGACACUCAGAAAUGGUAAGGAAUUACCCGAAGUGGUUGUAAAGCAAACUGAGAAGGAAUCAGAUGUUAGAGAGGAAGUUGGAAUGGGGUCAGCAGAUGAGGAAGAAUUUGCUCAAGAAAGGGAAUCCAAGAAGAAAGCAGCAGAAAAAACCAAAGAAAAAUUGAGACAUGUUGAGCCUAUAAUCCCCUUCCCGGACAGAAUGGCCAGAGAACAGGAAAAGGAAGAAUUGACCGAAUUGGUUAAAUACACUGAUGAUGCUAGGUUUCAAGUAGGCGAGUCAGUAUCCGCACUCCUACAGCGAGAUAUGCCCAUGAAGUGUGGAGAUCCAAUGAUGUUUCAUAUUCUUUGUGUGAUAGGAACCGUGAAGGUGGAUAAGACAAUGCUCGACCUCGGGGCAUCCAUUAAUGUUAUGCCUUUGUCUAUGUAUCAGGACUUGGAGAUAGGGCCGCUGAAACCUACCCGAGUAGUAAUCCAACUGGCACACAGGUCAAAUGUUUACCCAGAAGGGAUAUUGGAGGACGUUUUGGUUAAAGUGGAGGAACUCAUUUUUCCAGCAGAUUUCUACAUCCUUGAUAUGGGGAAGUCAAAAGCACGCGACCCAGUUAUGCUUUUAGGGAGGCCUUUCCUCAAAACUGCUACGACGCGCAUCGAUUAUGAUACGGGCAAAUUGACAUGCUAG